AUGCAAGGCAGCGUGGGGCUCGGUGCGCAACCCGGGGUUGCGCUGGUGCAGAAGGCGGGCGGGGGACCCGAGGUCGAUCAGCAGAGGGCGGGAUUGGUCCCUCCCCGCGAGGCGCACCACCCGGCGGUCGGCGAGGGCGGCAGGGCGCGGGGCAGGAGGGAAUCGACGGCCGCCAGGGCGCUGGGCGUGGUGACAUCGCCGCAGUUCUUCUACGAAAUCGAGGGCAUGUUGGAGUUCGCGGCGGCCAGGGAGCGGGACCCGGACAGGCCGCGAUUCCACGUGAUGCCGCGGGCGGGCUGGAUGAACGACCCCAACGGGCCGAUCUACUACAAGGGCCAGUACCACCUGUUUUACCAACACGUGACGACGGGGUGCGAGUGGAACUGGGGCAUCGUGUGGGGCCACGCCACCAGCAAGGACCUGGUCCACUGGGAGCACCUGGAGUCGGCGAUCGAACCCACCCCCGGGGGAUUUGACGCCGACGGCUGCUUCUCAGGCUGCUGCGUUGUCGACAUCGACAACGGCGGGCUACCGACUAUCCUGUUCACGGGCGUCAGGCUGAGGAGCAACCCCGACUGCGGGCCCCUGCCGCCGGUGGAGAACGACCUGCAGCUGCCGUUUAUUGAGACACAGGGCGUCGCGAUUGCGGAGCCAGGCGAUGAUAAACUACGGCUUUGGAACAAGAUGGAUGCUCCACUGAUUCCAUUGCCUCCGAGCAACAUGCCACUGACAGGCUGGCGGGACCCUUUCAUAUUCCAAGAAGGUGGCAAUGGCAAGGAUUGGAUGAUGCUGAUGGGCACUGGUAUCAAGGGAGAAGGGGGUGCUGUUCUUGUCUACACUGCCAAGCAACUCUCACAAGAAUGGCAAUUCAAGGGCCUGUUGUGCCUUGGUGACGCUGACACUGGGGCCAUGUGGGAAUGCCCCUUGCUGAUCAAGCUCGACCCGCACAAGGAACACUCAGCGCGUGUGCCCCUGCACACAUUUGGGCUGCGGAAAUCGUUCUCUGGCUCUGGAUCCUGGUCACAGUCCUUUGAGGCCGUUGGGAAGGUAGAUCUGGAUGACGAGGUGCCUGAGCAGCAGGUGGCCUAUAAGCCAGGGGUUUCAGAGGCUUCCAGAGUUGCCGUGGAUGUGGAUGAGAGGUACCAGUACCUGCUUUGCAUAUCGCCUGACGCUCCAACGAACCCUGUGAUAUGCUACAUGGGGCAGUACGAAGACUUGAAGUACAAUCUGGAAGAUGCCAAGGGGCCAUUUCGAUUAGACCUUGGAGACAUCCUCUAUGCUCCGAACAUUACUAAAGAUGCUGAGGGUCGCAACCUGCUGUGGGGUUGGCUGCAAGAACGCAGGAAGGUAGGGUCUUACGACUAUGCUGGGUGCCUGUCCGUCCCAAGGGUCCUGUCUAUCAAGGGUAACAAACUCAUGCAGGAGCCUGCCGACCAGAUUGCUGGGCUGCGGAAUGGAGCCAGCUGGCAUGACUCUGGAGUCACACUGUACCCAGAGGAGCCAAGUCCGCUUCCUGGGAUAUCAGGAGAGGCGCUGGAUCUGGACAUCACUGUUGAGAGGGGAUCAUCUGAAGCUGCUGGUAUUCUGCUAAGAUCUUGGCACGUCGGUGGAGAAGGGAGUGCAGCCAUCAUCUUUGACUGGGAACGCAACUCCCUGGAGGUUGUCUUCGAGGCAGUUGACCCAGAUACUAUGGAGUUCACCCUGGACGCGGAGUCAAGCCGACGAGUGGGGGGCAACAUAGACCUGCGGCCGGGAGAGCCCCUGCAGCUGCGGGUCCUCAUGGACCACUCCUGCGUCGAGAUCUUCACAGGCACGGGCGAUGUGCUCAGCACCAGGGUGUACCGUGGGUCAGCGCCCGCGGGCGCAGACUCUGGUAUUGACUUUGUGGCCUUUGGGGGGUCUGCAACGCUGGCGCGGGUGGCGGCAUACGAGAUGUCGACCAUAUGGAAGACGGAGGGGGUGGCCAAGGAGGAGGCUCAGAAAGUGCUGGAGGGCAAUUGUCAUCCCAUGUUUGCAUCAUUGUCUUGUUGA